GCUUAUGAGCUACGUUCGCGGUGUCCAUCACCGUCUACAAUAAUUCGAAAUGUCUCUUGCUGACAAAUAUGCACAUCUUCUAGCUCCUGUUGGACCGUCAAAAUCAGCAGAUGACUCCGAGGAUGACACAACUGCUAAACUAAUUGAGAAAGAAGAUUUUGGAUCAAUCUCACAAGAGAGAGGAUCUAUUAGACAGAAAAAAGACUAUUUAUUACAAGAGAGUGAUCCUAAAUAUUCUGGGAAAAAAAUCAGUCGUCAAAAGUUUCUCUCUGAUUUUGAAGAGGGGGUUGGACUUAGGGCUGAUGAAAGUGAGGAUGAAGACGAGGAUGAUGAUAAUGAGGAUGAGAUGGAUGAAGGAGACGACAGUGGUGAAGGAUUGGAAGAAGACGAUGAAGACGAAGACGAUGAAGACGAAGACGAAGAUAAUAAAGACGAAGAUAAUGAAGAAGAAGAUGAUGAAGAAGAAGAUGAUGAAGAUAUGGACGAUGAAGAGGCAGGAGACUUUGAUAUGCUAAACCAAAUGAAUGAAACACUAGAUAAUAAGAAAGUGUCUGCGAAAUCUCUCAAGAAACCAGAAGAAACCGAUAUCCAAACUUUUCCAACGCAAUCUGUUGAUUCCGAGAAAGGAAAGGCUGUGCUAAAUCAAAUUUCCCUAUACGAUCAAAUUCUUGGUUUAAGAAUUAAAUUGCAGAAGAUUUUGCUUGCCGCAAACCAACUUCCAAGUCCCGACGAAUGGAAACGAUUACUGGAGGAUAUCAGCCCUAAACUUGAUGAGAGUACUAAGAAAGCUCGAAAGAGUGUUAAACAACUUUUGGAUAAGUUAAUUGAAAUGCAAAGUCGACUACUAUUUAAUUAUCCUGAGACAAGGCACAUUGAAACAGGAAAUGAAGAGAAUAAAAAAACUGAAGACUCAGAUGAAGAAAUUACAUCAAGCGAAUCAGAGGAUGAAACUCCAGUAAAAAGGCAAAAAGCUAAAAUAGGCAAUGUUAAUAGCUUUUUAGAAAAGCGUCACAAAACAUUUUCACUUUAUCGAAAUAAGCAAUUAGAGAAAUGGCACGACAGAACAAAAUUAAUAGGUGGUAAAAGUGCUAGAAGUAUGGCUGCUAUGGAAACAUCAGUUACUGCUCAAAUUCGUUACGUUCUCUCAGAUAUGGCAAGAUUACGAAGAAGAACACAGAUGAAGCGUUCUAAUUAUAAAAUUUUGUUAUGUCCUAAUCAAGAUGAACAUCAAGAAGAAAUAUUCGAUGAUGACGAUUUUUAUCAUCAAUUACUAAGAGAAUUAAUUGAACGUAAAACAGAAAAUGUGAACGACCCUGUAGCUCUAACAAGGCACUGGCUGCAACUACAAAAGAUGAGAUCAAAAAAGUCUAAAAAAUAUGACCGCCGAGAGAACAAAGACAGAAAAAUUAAAUUUGUUGUUCAUCCAAAGCUUGUUAACUUUACGGCUCCAGUUCCGAAUAAUCAAUGGACUGAUGUUGCUAAAGAUGAGCUUUUUUCUUCACUCUUUGGAUCAAGACAUGAAACAAGUACUGUUGAUGUUGAUAUUGCUUUAUUUCGAUAG